CCUCAUUACGUAGCUGCUUCAAAACGACAGGGCUCUCUUCCCAGCUCACAAGUCUCAGAUAUGGCCUGCCCGAUAGGCACUGAUGCCUCCAUCAUUUUUUCAACGGCCAGGUUCCCGGCACAUAACGGCAACCUUUCGUGGGAGCUAUGUAUUGAAGGCUUUGAAGCUCACAGGAUUGGCGAGUGAAUCGUUAUCUGGCGGAUCAAUGCGUGUCAGCCGGAAGCCUGCAGGAGGUCAAUACUACAGUAGCACAGUCCAACGGAAACUCCUCAUUGACCGACUCAUGGGGCCGUUCAAACCCAGCCGAUUCGCCAAUUGCUCUCAUACUUGCGGUGACUCUCGAUGCGACUCUUCGGUAGAGGCGGCGUUGGGGCUACGGGUUAAAAGACAGGUGAGUAUUGCUUCUGAUGAGGAUAUUAUUCUCCCUCGACCUCUGGAACCAAGGCCUCAAGCGGUCGCAUCAUGCAUGUACAUUGUACAACAGUGGAGUACAUGGUCCCUUCCUCUCGGACUCUCACCACACCUCGCAAUCAUGCUACAGUACUGUAUGUAGCGAGAUGCUCAAUGAAUCGGUUCACCGACACCACCUCAGACUGCCGCGAAGAUGCCUGCCCUGCUGGGCUGCCAAGACUCUUGCUGUAAUUACUGUAAACCAUGUCAAGUUUCCGGGUCGUGCUCUGUACAGUACGUGUAUUUAGAUUUGUAAGUAC